AUGCCUGCGGCGGAAGUGAUGCCGGAGAAAUCUCUCGAAGGGAAACGUGUUCAUGUUUGGGAAACGGCCGCUCCUCCUCUGCCAAAAUGGCUCGAAGGCAAGGUGGCGAUCGUCACGGGCGGCGCCCGCGGCAUCGGCGAGGCUACGGUGCCGGUUUUCGCCCGGCACGGCGCGAAGGUGGUGGUGGCCGACGUUGAGGACGUCGACGGGGAGUCUCUGGCAACGCGGCUUGGCCCUUCGGUCGAGGACGAGCACGUCGAUCCGGCGGACGCACCGCCGACAGCGGAGGAGGUGGAAAAGAUUGAAGAAAUGGUGAGGGGGCUGGCGAACCUGAAAGGCGUGACGUUGAUGGCCAGGGACGUGGCCGAGGCGAUCCUCUACCUGGCCAGCGACGAGUCCAGGUACGUGAGCGGCCACAACCUCGUCGUCGACGGCGGCGUCACCACCUCAAGGAACCUCAUCGGACUGUAA